UAGUGUAUACAUAUAAGCAUUCUCCUGUAUUUUCUUCUCAAAACUAUAGUUUUCUACUGAUAAUGGAAAAUUCGAAUCCACUAGCCACUGAAAGUUUUUCAUACAGUUGGUUAAUACACAAAAAUCCCUCUUCUGAUUGCUUUCUCAAUUCCCUAAAAAAUUUUGGCGAAAAUUCGAUUGAAGUUGGAUCAAAAGAACAGAAUCUCAAAUUUGAUUUUCCUGUAUCAGCAUCCCCCCUUUCCCUAGUACAUGCUGAUGAAAUUUUCUCUGAUGGGCAUAUUAUGCCUAUAUAUGUUGAAAGAUCAAAAUCUGAGGCGUUUAGUACCUCGACCUCAGCUCCAGGCACGCACGCCUGUUUCUUCGUAUUCUUUGAGAAGUCGACGUGAGUUGCUACCAGAAGGGGCACUGGAAAAGAAAUUGCUGGGACAGCCUAGGAGUACAAGGUAUUUUUUCCUCAGAAAAUGGAGAAAAUCAUCGAAAAGAGUGUUGCAGAAGUGUUUUGGAUUUUUUAGGCCAUUAUGUAAAACUUUAGGAUGUUCUAGAAAAAACAUUAGAGUGGAUGAUCUUGAGAGAAAAGCUUGUGAAGUUCAGAGUUGGAACAAUUCCCUCCAGGUAUCGCCUCGUCCUAGUAUAGCUUAUUCCUCUGUUGAUUGGGCCGAUUUCAAUGAAACUGGCAAUAAAAACGAUGUUUAUUAUGAACUCAAGAAGAUUGAGAGUCGAAAUGGUUCUCCACGAGAAUCACCACGAAUAAGUUCAUCAUAUUCUUUUAAUGUUUGUGCCGAUAUUGAGAGCUCUAUCAAUGAAGCAAUUCUAUACUGCAAAAGAUCUAUAGAAAAAUGAGAGGAUCUAUGCAUUUUUGCACAGAAGACGGAAGCAAAGGAAGGAUUAUUAAUUUGCCCGUGUCAAGAUGAUGCUACUAAUAAUCUUCUCAGUAUCGUUCCAAUUUUAUGGGGAAAAUGCAUGGAAAAUUUCUGCACGUAAACAAAAUCUUGAAAAUUCAUGUGUUCAAGACAUCAGUCUUGCUGCUGUAACCAGAAUUUUCUUCCCCGCUGUAUUUACUUGGAACAAUAAUUCAAACUGAGACAGUUCAGUUCUUGAUAGUA